UACGGGCACGCGUGGGAGGGGGGCAGCGGCGGCAGACGCAGUGCUCCCCUCCUCCAGCCUGCAUCUCCCUGGCAACAAGGGCAGCCUCGGUCUGGGGCUCGGCCCCUCCCCCGCCGCGCCCCAGCUGAGAAGCGUCUGGAACAGCAUCCUUCCUCCGCAUCCUUGUCCUGCGACCGCAUCCUGCUGCAGCUGCCCGUUGGAGCCGCCUUUUCAAGUCAUUUGCUGUGUUCCUUUUCUCUUAUCGGUCAGCCUAGAAGUGAAACCAUCUUGACCUCCCCCGGGAAGCUUUGCGCUCCUCCAAGCCAUGCAGGACGAGGACUGCCAUCCACCAUGGUGAAGCUGAACUGCAGCUUCUCGGGGAAGACAGGCUCCGGGGACGCGGCUACCAUGGACAGCGUCCCUCUCAUCAGCCCCCUGGACGUCAGCCAGCUACAGCCUGCGUUCUCCGACCAGGUUGUCAUUAAGACACAGACGGAAUACCAGCUGUCCUCCGGGGACCAGCCGACAAAGUUCUCCGACCUGGAGGCCCAGAAGCUGGGCGGUGGCCACCCGGAGGAUGCACGUGGCAGGAUGCCCACAGGGCGGAUGAUCGCCUUCACCAUGGCGCUCAUGGGCUGCCUCCUGAUCAUGUACAAGGCCAUCUGGUACGACCAGUUCAGCUGCCCCGACGGCUUCCUGCUUCGGCACAAGAUCUGCACCCCGCUGACCCUGGAGAUGUACUACACCGAGCUGGACCCCGAGCACCACCGCAGCCUCCUGGCGGCCAUCGGGGCCUACCCAGUGGGCCGCAAGCACGGCACGGAGACCCCGUGGCUGUCCGCGAGCUACCACGCCUUCAAGGAGGCGCCCAAGGCGCACAAGGCGCCUGCCCGUGCGGCCAUGGCGGCGGUCACCGAGCCCUCGCGGAAGCCCUCGGGGAAGCCCUCGGGGAAGCCCUCCGGGGAGGCCUCGGCGCCUGGCGAGAAGGAGGCGGCGCAGAAGGUGGAGGGGAGCGCGCCGCCCCCAGCCCCCCAGUGAUGGCCUCCGGCCUCCGGGCCGCAGCCCGUCCGGCGUCCCACGCCGGCACCUGUGACCGCCCUCGCCCCACGCUCCCCGCUCUGUGGUCGCCGUGGUCGCCGUGGUCGCGCCCCUGCUCCCAGGCCCCCUCGCUGACGCCCCCCGCCCCGUGAGCCUCUGGCUCUGUCGCUUUUCUCUGAGUAAAGAUUCGCCUCCACCUGGAUCUCGCGCUUCUCCUGAUCAUCCUCGGUUCUCCGGCCUUUUUCCUGACCCCCCAGCCCCAUUCGGGCGAGGGCCCGAAUUCUGUCCCCCGUUGCCCAGCGUUUCUCAAGCUUUAAAGCUCAAUUUAAAAGCAUUUAUUAACCUAG